CAAAUCGUCGUUUGUGGAGACCAGACUCGUGUCAGCACAAAGUUAGUCACAGAUAUCAAUGAAUUUCCACCGGAUAUUUUGACUGAAUGAUCGAAUCGAAGGUCAGCCGAUGUGAGUCAACGAUUAGAGUUUAUUUCAGUAUUACAACAGGACAAUUUAAUCAGCUCCUUACAAGGAUUGAGUAUUGUACAUAGAACAUCCUGAAAAUGGAAGCUGAAAAAUCGUCAUCGUUGUUGUUAAUCAAAGAGGAAAAGAAUUUGGAGGAGGGCCUUAUUGAAAACACAGGUGAAGGCUCUUCAUUUGCAGACCCCUUCUUAGAAGUCAAGGCAGAACCAGAAUUUUUUGACCAUGGUGAAUUUGAUGUGAACUGUUCAUCCCAAUCUGUUAAGUAUGAGGAGGGCAUCUCUCCAAGCUGUGAUGAUGAAAGCGUAAAGAAGAUCUGUAUUGCAGAAGAAAGUAGACAUUUUGGCAGGAGAGAUGCGUUUUCAAAAAGAGAGAAAUCCCACAUGAGAACCCAUAGAGGGAAACCACAUACUUGUUCUAUAUGUCAAAAAAGUUGUUCUGAUUCAAGCGAUCUCGAACAACACAUGAGAACUCAUACAGGAGAGAAACCACAUGCAUGCUCUAUAUGUCAAAGAAGUUUUUCUCGCUCAACUAAUCUCAAAAAACACGUGAGAACUCAUACAGGAGAGAAACCAUAUACUUGCUCAACAUGUCAAAGAAGUUUUACUCAAUCAACUAAUCUCAAAAACCACAUGAGAACUCAUACAGGAGAGAAACCAUAUACUUGUUCAACAUGUCAAAGAAGUUUUACUCAAUCAACUCAUCUCAAAAUACACAUGAGAACUCAUAAAGAAGAAAAACCAUAUAAUUGCUCUAUAUGUCAAAGAAGUUAUUCUUGCUUAACUGAUCUCAAAAACCACAUGAGAACUCAUACAGGAGAAAAACCAUAUAAUUGUUCUAUAUGUCAAAGAAGUUUUUCUCAAUCAAGUAAUCUCAAAAAACACAUGAGAACUCAUACAGAAGAGAAAACAUAUACUUGCUCAACAUGUCAAAAAAGUUUUUCUCAAUCACGUUAUCUCAAAAGACAUAUGAGAACUCAUACAGGAGAAAAACCAUAUAGUUGUUCUUUAUGUCAAAGAAGUUUUUCUCAAUUAGUUAAUCUCAAAACUCACAUGAGAACUCAUACAGGAGAAAAACCAUAUAGCUGCUCUAUAUGUCAAAGACAUUUUGCUGUAUCAAGUGGUCUUAAAUAUCACAUGAGAAUUCAUAUGGGAGAGAAACCAUAUAGCUGCUCUAUAUGUCAAAAACGUUUUGCUGUAUCAAGUGGUCUUAAAUAUCACAUGAGAAUUCAUAUGGGAGAGAAACCAUAUAGCUGCUCUAUAUGUCAAAGACGUUUUACUGCAUCAAGUGAUCUUAAAUAUCACAUGAGAACUCAUACAGGAGAGAAACCAUAUACUUGUUCUACAUGUCUAAGAAGUUUUUCUAAAUUAGGUAAUCUCAAAACUCACAUGAGAACUCAUACAUGAGAACCUUUCACUUUGUAUAUCAAAGAGGUUUUUCUCAUCAAAGUAAUUUCAAAAGAAUUCACACAAGGCAGAAACUGUAUACUUGAUCUCUGUCCAAGUUGUCGUUAUUAAGUGCAUUUAUUUAACUCAACUUCUGCGUCUGUCUGGCCUCAAAUCUUGUAAUUCGGUUUUCAACCUGUGCCAUUCAUUCAGUGGACUUGAAAUUUUGCACGGUUACUCAAUCCCAGUGACAAUACAGUGGACCCCCAGUAUUUGCAGAUGUGUACUAGACCCCUGCCUAUGUUUUCAGUUCAAACACAAGAAAAACCUUCUAAAAAUGCCUAUACCUGAAUAUUUUAAUAUUUUUAUCACAAAAAGUGCAUUUAGUCUUGAAAUUGUUGUGGAAAUACAGUAUCUAGUGAAUAUUUCUCAGUGAAAAAUACGUGAAUAGGCGAAUUUCCCAAAAAUAAUGAGUUGAUAUAGUCCAAAGAAAAAUCCACGAAUUCAGGGGCUUGGUUGUACAACCUUAAAUAUGAGUAGGUCACCAGUGACUGCUAGUGACCCUACAGUGACCUCUAGUGACUCUACAGUGACCUCUACCAGUAUCUCAGGAUUUGUAUGAAAAAAUAAAUUUUUGAAACACCAUGAUUUUCUAACAAUUAAUCAUGUCUAUAAAAAUAAAAGCAUGGGCCCCAAGCAUGGAAGGAAAUGCUAAAAAAAAAAAUAUUUUUUUUUUGUUAUUGUAUUGGCUGUCUUGUCCUCAUGGAUUACCCUUUCCAUGGUCUAUCCAGAGCUCCAUGGCGACCAGACUAAUGUCAAAGAAUUCUCUUAACUGGUUUUGUGGCCGGGUAUUGUGCCGUAAUGAUAACCAUUAUAAAAUAUGAUAGAGUAAAAUGGACUCAGAAUCAGAGGGCACUUUCUGUUAUCAUCACCGAACAAUAAUACCCAGUUUACCUAUGUCAAAACUGCAAGAAGAAGAAGUGGUCAUUCACAUAUGCAUCUUCAUAUUGUUUACAUACGACCAAUAUCCGACCAAGCCAUCAUUCCCUUUUUGAUUGCUCAAGUAACCAGAGCUUAGAGAAGUCCGUUCUACAGUUAUUGAUUCAGCUAAGUGUAUAAUUUUAAGUUCCAGUUAAGAAUUUUUAGUUUAGACUAUGGAGCAAUGAUUUAUUGUGUGUGAAAAGCUGCAAUCAGCUAUAUUUCACCAGCACACGUUGGCACUUCUUGCAUUUUGUAAUCAUUAGCUAUUUGUAGGAGUGAAAAUUGUUUUGGAGAAUUUAUUAUUCUAUUUAGAAAUUUUAUCUAAAGAAAUGUUCCACAAUUAUUAUUAAAUGAAUAUAUAUAAUCCUUUCAGACAGGGCCAUUUCUAGCUUUGUGGGGGCCCUAGAUAGAUAGGUAGGUAGGUACUUCAUUUAUCCACGAAUGGUUUGUCAAACUGUGAUGAAGCAAAUCCUAGCCCUUUAGUUGGUCUACUAAGAUGCAAGAAACUAUUACACUUCACAUUUAUUUAUUUCACAUCUGUUUCAAAGUGCAAAGAUAAUAAAAAACAACACUUAAAAUAAUGCUUAACCCUUAAACGCCGAAUGGACGUAUUAAACGUCGAGUCAAAAUGUCCCCCGUAUGCCGAAUGGACGUACCAUACGUCGACUCAAAAAAGUUUUUUUUUAAAUUCGCGGAAAAAUACUUAUAGGCCUACCAGCCAAAAACUUUUGAAUCACGCGCUUUGGGGGAUGCUGGGAGUUCACGGAUCAAGGCGUUAUUUUGUUUACAAUCGUUACGCAGGCGCGCAAGCGCAAAUUUCUUUCUUAUCGCACUAAAAAGUAUCAGUGACACAUCUCAAAAAUUAUUUUGUCACUUUGACAUAAUUUUUGCACCGUUUUAAAUUAUCCGUUACAUGAAGUAUUAUAUAUGAAAAUGUGGGCAAUUUCAUUUAGAAUACAACAAAAAAAUACUCAUGAUUGUAGCUUUCAUCAGUUUUGAACCAUAUAAAUAAUGAUAAGUGCCAAAAUUUCAACCUUCGGUCAACUUUGACUCUACCGAAAUGGUCGAAAAAUGCAAUUGUAAGCUAAAACGCUUAUAUUGUAGUAAUAUUCAACUAUUUACCUUAAUUUGCAACAAAUUGGAAGUCUCUAGCACAAUAUUUCGAUUUAUGGUGAAUUUAUGAAAAAACUUUUUCCUUACGUCCGCGCUGUAACUCUUCCAAAAAAAUCAUUUUAAAAUUAGCCGUUAUAUAAAGUUUUAUAUAUGGAAAUGUGCGCAAUUUCAUGCACAAUACAAUUAAAAACAACCCAUGGUUGUAGCUAUUAUCAGUUUUGAAAUAUUUUCAUAUAAAAAAUGAUAAGUGACAAAUUUUCAACCUUCGGUCAAUUUUGACUCUACCAAAAUGGUCGAAAAACGCAAUUGUAAGCUAAAACUCUUAUAUUUCAGUAAUAUUCAAUCAUUUACCUUCAUUUUGUAGCAAAUUGGAAGUCUCUAGCACAAUAUUUCGAUUUAUGGUGAAUUUAUGAAAAAAAUAACAUUUUCUUUACGUUCGCGCGGUAACUCUUCCGAAAAAAUCAUAAGUGCGAUUGUGGUAAUGUUUGCACCAUUUUAAAUUAGCCGUUACAUAAAGUUUUAUAUAUGAAAAUGUGCGCAAUUUCAUGUAGAAUACAACGAAAAAUAAUUGAAGGUUGUAGCUUUUCUCAUUUUCGAAAUAUUUGCAUAUAAAUCACGAUAAAUAGAAAAAAAACCAUGUUCGGUCAACUUUGACUCUACCGAAAUGGUUGAAAAACACAAUUGUAAGCUAAAACUCUUAUAUUUUAGUAAUAUUCAAUCAUUUACCUUCAUUUUGCAACAAAUUGGAAGUCUCUAUCAGAAUAUUUCGAUUUAUGGUGAAUUUAUAAAAAAAAACUUUCCUUCCCUCCGUGCGCGGAUUCUCCGCCAUAAAUCUCCGAAUUGCGUACAUCGCAUUCUCGGAAAAUUUGCUCCAUUUCAUAUUAGGCAUUUCAUAGAGUUUUAUAUAUGAAAAUGUGCGCAAUUUCAUGCAGAAUAAAAGGGAAAAUAUUUGAAGGCUGUAGCUUUUCUAAUUUCCGAAAUAAUUGCACAUAGAAAAAAAUUUAUAAAAAAAUUUCGACAUUUGGUCAACUUUAACUCGUCCGAAAUGGUCGAAAACUGCAAUUGUAAGCUAAAACUCUUACAGUAUCGUAAUAUUCCAUCAUUCAAUUUCAUCUUGAAACAAAUUCGAAGUCUCUAUAACAAUAUUUAGAUUUAUGGUGAAUUUAAAAAAAAAUAUUUUUUUACGUCCACGCGUUACGAAUUCAUGCAUCAUUUUGUGAUAAUAUUUUCUCUGUGUUGCUUUUAUCGUUUUACAAUGUGUUAAAUACCAAAAAGAUCGCAAUUUAGUGUACAAUACAAAAAAAAAAUUAACUCAUUAGCUUUAACUGUUUUGCUCACAGUGCGAUUUGAAUACAAUUAUAUAUGAAAUUUCGUUUUUGCGCUAUCAUUAUAUUGCAUUAUUUAUAUAUGAUAAUGAUAAUUUUUAUCAUUUCUGAUGGUUGCAUACUAAACUUCAGGCAAUGACAAAAAAAGGAGCCAAAAAUGAACUCUUAAUCUUCAAAACUAAGCGUGCUGUGAUUUUUUGAAAAAAUUAUUUUUUCCGCUUCCGCGCUCACUCCAAACUGGCCCCGGCAUUCGGGAGAGGUUUUGAUUUUUACCGCUUCGGCGUUUAAGGGUUAAUUAACAUCACAGUUACACUUAGCAGAGAAACAACUAAUAUUUCAUAUUCACAGUAACAAUGUAUUAUCCUCAAAAUGUCUGCUUCCUGGCUUUUUUACUCUCAAACUCAUGAAUGAUGUCCUUAUAUGACACCUGCUUGCCAACCUCAUGGUUGAUGAUGAUUAUUGCAAGACCAGUGUGUCGAUCCUGUCCCAUGGAAGACCUUAGAUAGGUCUUGAUAAGCUUCAGCUUUGAGAAGCUCCUCUCUGCUGAGGCUGCUAUAAUCACAAGCAAAGUGCAGGCAAUUCUCAGGGCAACCCACAGAUUGGGAUACAGUUCCUCCAAAUUUUGUGUGUGGAUAAAGGUGAGCUCAAGAGCAGUUAUGUCAUCUGAGGGUAAGCUUGGCAAGUUUUUUACUUUCAUUGCCAGUUCCUUUCCAUCAAUAUUACUUUCAUUUCCAGCGCCUAAUGUCAUGCAGAGGUUGUCACACUGGUUGCUCAAUGCCUAAUCAUCCAGUUUUUGGAAACUGAGCAGCACUCCAAAUCUCUCUCUCACUUCACCCACUUUUUCAAACCUAUCAGUUAAAGAUUCAAUCUUUGUCAACAACAUUUUAGCCUCUUCAUGGCAUCUGCAAUGGGCUCAUCUGGGGCUUCAUAAGCAAAGUGCUUUUUUGUGCUUUUUAAACUUUUCUCUGACUACAACCUCUACAUUCAUUUCCUCAUACAUGUCUGAGCUGAAGCAAAGCCAGUUCUUCUCUAGUUAGUCAGAGAUGUUUUUGCUUUAGUGAGGUCAGCAGCCACAUCAAGCUGCAUGUGGGAGACUGCAGGAGUGCUGACAUGGUUCACACGGUUUAGAUUGUCAUACCAUACGACUGUGCAAAUGAUAAAUCUGUAUGACCUCACCUCUUCUGCCAAAGUUUGGGCUUCAACCUUGGUCAGAGGGUCUGUCUCUUCCCUGAUCUUCAGCAAAGCUUCCCUUAUAUUAGAGGCCUGGUACCACACAGCCUCUAUGCUGUUAAUACGGCUCUCCCACCUUGUGUCACUCCAAGUCUUGAGUGCAACAGAGAUAUGUUCCCUUAGGAUUGCAGAAAUUGCUGAUGGGAUCUGUUGAAGCUGUUCUGCAUCGAAUACCACCAAGUUUAGGGAAUGUGCCCCACGUGGAACAUAAAGUGCACGAGGGUUCUUCUUAAGAAGUCUGGCUGGAACUCCUUUGUUCCUCCCUUUCAUGUUGGCACCAUUAUCAUAUGAUUGUCCUUUACAAUCAUCAAAGGGAAUAUUCAAUGAUGACAAAUCAAGACCUGUUGUUUCAGAAUCUACGAAAAAUCCCAUAAAAUGUUCCUUGAUUUCUGGUGCUUUGUCAAUUUUAACAGUCCUUAUGAUGACUGACAUCUGUUCUUGGUGGCUUACAUCGGGAGUACAGUCCAAAAUGAUUGAAUAAUAUUUGGACUGUUUAAUCUCAGUCACUACUGUGUCCAUUAUUUUCCCACUGAUUGUAGCAAUAAGUUUAUUUUGGAUGAUAAUUACAGGAUAUUUGGAAUGACUGAAAUGUCCACUCUCAACACGCUCAAUGUGCUGCUACAUGACAGGAUCAAAUUCAGCAAGCAAAGGGAAACUUCAACUUUUCAUCGGGGCCCCCCGUGUGGCUUGGGCAAUUUAAAUUUUCCAAGCUACCCAGGGGGCCCCUGGUGGCAUGGGGCCCCUAGGCAAUCGCCUAGUCCACUUAUAGCUAGAAACGGCCCUGCUUUCAGUUUCAGAUAACAAUAUUGGCAAGAGCCUACAAGGCUGUAGCCUACAAUCUACAUCUAUUCAGUGAGAAUAUGUUAACUAGACUGUAGUAGAUAUUGUCUGUAGCCUAUAACCUAUGAUUGUAUAUCCUUAAGGGUGAACAAAAAUAACCUGGCUUAGGUAGUAACCUUUAUCAAGGUAAGAUUUAAUGACAUGUCCUGUCUGGCUAUUUGCCUAGACAGUAGCCUAAGUUUGCACCAAAGACCUUUGGAUUAGAUAAGAGGCUACUGACAUUUUUUCUUUUUAUAUAGCCUGCAUAUUUAAGCAUUGUCUUAAUACUGUAGACUAUCAUGUGCAUACCUUAAAAGGGAAUGAAAUAAUGUAGAUUAAUUAGGAAAACCUAGGCUAGGUGAUAGGCUAACUAUAAAGUUUCAUAUUAGAAAGUUACUGUUUUAUAUGGCAGACCAAAAACAGUGCCUAGACCAAAUGGGCUAUGAGGCAGUAGCCAAUCUUGAAGGCUACAAAUUAAUCCCGUAUCUUUAAAGGUAAAUUAAUUAAUCAGAAUUAGACAAUAACCUAUAAUAGGUGAUAGCUUAACUAUAAAAUUUCACAGUGAGUUUCACAUUGGAAAGUUAGAUGUUAGCCUAACUAUGAGGAUACAUGUAAGUAACUUUCUGAUUUUAUAUAGCCUUUACAUUUGCUCUAGAAUAUCUUGGAUUAGGCAAUACCCUAUACUAGGCUAAGAGAGAGGAAUUUAGGAAACAUCCCAUUGUUGAUGUACCAAGUGGUAGUUUAGCCCAUAUAGCCUAGGACUGGAUAUUAACUGUAACCUCCAUGUAAAUAAAUAGCCUAAAUCCAUAUAAAACAGUGGCUUGGGCUACCUAUACAAUUUAGUACACAGGAUAUUAGUCCGAAUGGUAUGACAAUUCAAAAUAAAAUUUCACAUAGCCAGUACGAAAGGACUAAUACAGAUAUAUAUGGCUGUCAGAACUGACUUGAUCCUCAAAGGGCUUAAGAACAUAGAUUUCUAAUAGAAUCUAUUACAAAUAUGGAAAACGUAUGAGGUACUACAGAGGUGUCCAUCAUUAAUAAUUAAAUUCUACUACCUUGUAAUAACAACGAUUUAUUUUACUGCAGGGCUGCCAUUAUUCAGGGCCCUCAGUUCUAGUGUUUCAUAUCAAAUUGCUCAGUUCAUUUUGUGCCGGUGGGUAUGACACAUACCAUCUGCCAGUGGUACAGUCUAGUAAGAAAACAGUAAAAAUUUGUUUGGUCGACAGAUAUGUAUCAGAUUUGUAGUAUGCUACUGGCAGCAAGUUUUACUGAUGAAACUGCUCAUUUCAAACUGUCCCAGUGAUUCCUAGGGCUCAGUAGGACUAAGGAAAGGGGAAAUUAUAUCUUUCCAGCAAAACUCCGGCAGCAGAUAUGUAACCCUUUUUUCUCAGAUCAAGAUUUAUGUUUGGGCAAAAACCCAGUAAUAUCAGUCCCCACUACCUCCCAGGUUACCCUGCAUAGGAAGUAGAGGAAUUUUUACAAGGCAAUAUUCUAACUAUGGAAUAUGAAGUGGCCAUUGUCACUGAAAUGACACUGCGGAACCCUGAUGGAUCAGGUAGCCAUGGGUGAAACUUUCUAGAAGGAAUUCUAUCCUCCUUUGCAGCUAUCAAUACUUAGGAGGAUCUUUCCCCUCAAAAGGGAUAAUAAGUUCCCUCUGACUCCAACUGAAAUUACUAUAUUUUUGGACGGGUAUUAUAACUUACCCAGGACUUUUGCCCCUGUGGUAACAGGCAGUUACAGUUCAGUUGUUGAAGCUCAGUCAAAAUGUGGAAGCUGCUUCCCCAAACGAGAUACACAGCUUGCGGCAUUUGAUCAAUUCCAUGAGGAAAAUAAGAAUAACUUCAGAAAAUGUUCUUAUGAGGGACAUUAUGCAUGAUUCCGAACCGGGAGCAAAUUCAUACAGUACACUCCAAAUUGUAAAAGUACUGCAUCCUGCAACCCAAAAGUGAGAGGGGAUGCAAAUGCUGCCUAAGUAUGGUUUAAUGUUGAAAUUCCCACUGGAAACCAGUAUUGGUCAGUUCUGAAUACAAAACAUCAAAUCAAAACAUGAUAGAACCUCCAAUACUCAUCCCUGAUGAUAUUAAUAAUCCUUGGUUAGAAGCAUCAGAGCUUAUUUUCUCUCCCUAUAGUAAAUAUCUCAUUAAUGAGAGAAAAACUAUGAUCGAAGCUGUACAUGUGAAAGACUCCAACAAAUACUGUCUUCUGAAUUGUGUCUAUAACAUUAAAAGCUAUAGAAGACUCCUAGAUGUGUCAACAUUGAACAAGCACAUUGUUUGUUAAAUUUCCGGAAUAACUAUCUUUACCCUAGUUUGUUCAAUUGUACUAAAAGGGACUUAGACAACUAUAGAUAUGAAAGGUGCAUACUGGCACAUCCCUGUCACUGCUCUCCCUUCCGCCCCUUCCUAAGGGUCCGGAUAGGAAAAGAUAUGUACAGGUUCAAAGUGAUGCCUUGUGGGCUAAUCAUUGCCAUAAGAUUUGACAAAAUUAGUAAUGGUAGCUCUUCAAGAAAUCAGAAAUACAACCAAUAGCUCGCCUAGAUGACUGGUCAAUCUGGGGACCACAAGAAAAGUGUGCUUGAAAAACCUAAGAGCUUUGGUCAACUGACUACCACAGUCAAAAGGUUUCAUGAUAAAUUGGCAAAAACCCACCUGACACCCAGCAGACGCUUUCAGUAGCUGGGACUGUGUUGGGAUACUUUUCAUGGCUCAUUGUCUCUCCCCAUCAUACUCAAAA